AUGACAACUAGUUUGGCCGGAGAGGGAACUAGUGAUUGGCAUAACCUUCCUACAAAGCUUAGAGACCAUGAAAGGAAUGUAGAACAUAUCUCCAAUGUCGUGAGGUGGGUGGACUUGCAAAAGGGGCUUCAACAAAAAGCAACAAUUGACAAGAAAAUGGAAGAUCUAAUCGACAAAGAGAGAGUUCGUUGGAAGAUGAUACUAGUUCGAAUAAUUGGGGUUGUGAAGACUCUUUCUCGAAAUAGUUUGCCAUUCCGUGGAACUAAUGAGAAGAUUUAUGAGAAGAAUAAUGGACUUUUUUGUCAACUUAUUGAAUUUGUUGCGGAAUUUGAUCCUAUUAUGCAAGAGCACCUUCGACGUGUGGUAGAUAAAGAGAUUCAAAAUCAUUAUUUUAGCCACAAAAUUCAAAAUGAAUUGAUAAGCUUGUUGGCAAAAGAGAUUAAAGAUAAAAUCUUGAAGAAGAUUUUUAAAGCAAAGUACUUUUCGGUUAUCCUUGAUUGUACUCCGGAUCUUAGUCAUGAUGAACAAAUGUCGAUUGUUAUAAGAUGUGUGAAUGUUGAGGAUGAAAGUAAAGUCAAGGUGGAGGAAUUCUUUCUUGGGUUUAUUAAGGUUCAAGACACGUCGGGGCUUGGGCUUUUCAAGCGACUUGAAGGAGCUUUGGUUGAUCUCAAACUCAACAUUGAUGAUAUAAGAGGACAAGGUUAUGACAAUGGCUCAAAUAUGAAAGGUAAAAAUCAAGAUGUACAAAAAAGGCUACUUGAUGUAAAUUCCAAAGCAUUCUAUAUUCCAUGUGGUUGUCAUAGCUUAAACCUUGCACUAUGUGAUAUGGCAAAAUCUAGUGCGAAAGCAAGAGACUUUUUUGGAUAUGUGCAAAAAGUUUAUACUUUGUUUUCGGGUUCACCACAACGGUGGGAUAUUCUUAGAGCAUAUGUGAAGGGUUUGACACCAAAGGCAUUGUCAGUUACUCGUUGGGAAAGUCAUGUUGAGAGUGUUAGAGCAAUAAGAAAUCAAGCACCGGAAUUAAGAGAUGCAUUGAUCAAAAUUGCAAAUGUUUCUAAAGAAGAUAUUGUGUUUUCGGAAGCUAAAGGCUUGUGCAAGAAUGCUUUGGAGGAUUUGAGUUCUUGA